GGAGAGAAAGUAGGGAGAGAGAGAGAGAGAGAGACAUGGCCUGAGCAAUAAAAAAGAGAGAGAGAGACUCCUGGGGCUAGGGGAAGCAGGCAUGUGGAUGAGUGGGGGACACACCAAACUCCAUCAAUUAAAACCCUUUGAAAUUAUUGAAUUACCUGACACAAAAUACAAGCCCAAAAAAAUAAUAAUAAUAAUAAAAAAAAUAAAAGAAAAAAGAAAAAGCAAAACAACCCAUCAUCUCUCUCUGCAGACUGUUCACUUAAGGUGGAACUGCAUUUUGUUCAGUGCUUUAGACUUGGAAUAGAGUGUCACAAUUGAAAGAGAAAAAAAUUUGGGAAGCGACCAGAAGUUUAUCAAAGAGCUUUGGAGGGUGUUUUGCCUUUUUUCAGGGGGAAAAAAAAAAAAAAAGCUUUCUUUUUCAUUAGCAAAAUUGAGGCUUUGAGGAUGCCUAGACCAGGUCCAAGACCUUAUGAAUGUGUUAGAAGAGCUUGGCAUAGUGAUAGACACCAACCCAUCAGAGGUUCUCUCAUUAAAGAAAUUUUCAGGGUUGCUAAUGAGAUACAUAGCUCAGCUACUAAGAAGAACAAAGAAUGGCAAGAGAAGCUCCCUAUUGUUGUACUGAAAGCAGAAGAAAUUAUGUACUCCAAAGCCAAUUCUGAGGCUGAAUACAUGGACCUCAAAACACUUUGGGAUCGAGCAAACGACGCUAUUAAUACCAUAAUUCGGCUAGAUGAGAGUACUGAAACUGGAGAAUUUCUUCAGCCUUGUAUUGAAGCUGCUCUCAAUUUGGGCUGCACACCAAGAAGAGCAUCAAGGAGCCAGAGGAAUAGUAAUCCAACGUGCUAUCUUAGUACUAACACUUCAGAGGUCCCAAUUGGUUCUCCUAAUAUGGUAGAGAAUGUUGCUCAUGGGGAUUACGGAAUCAGUUCACUGUAUAUGUCUCAUGGUUCAAGUUUUGUGAAACCCUCAACCAUGAAUCCAACCCAUCUCAGCUCAGGAACUGGAAUUCCUGUAGUCGAAAACAGUGAAUGCUCUGGUAUUAAAUUGACAUAUGCCUCUGAGAAUGUUCCUCCUAAAUACGAUCAACUUGUAGCUAAAGAAAAUUAUGCAGUGUCUAACUCCUUUUCUGCAUACCCUCUGUAUUAUGGGAAUUGCCAUCAGUUUGGAGAACUCCAACUAGAUUUCGGUGUCCUUCCUAAAUCGUUUUCAAAUCCUUUAGAGCCUGCUGAGAGGGGUAUUGUUACAAAUCUCGUCUGUGAUAAAGAUGCAUCAAAGAAGAAGAAUGCACAAACAAAUGUAACAGAUGGUCUUGAGAAUCCAUGUACGACUGGGUGUGAUCUGUCAUUGCGAUUGGGACCCUUCUCUCUUCCUCCAUGUCCAGACGUUGGCAAUAAUCGGCCCCAAGAUGUCAAAGAUGGUGGUUUUCAAGGGGGAAUCAAGUUUAGUCAUCAGUCAUCAGAAUUGGAUAAAGACUUCCGUUCCUUUCAAAGGGCUAAUGCAUAUGCUCCUUUAGGCUCCUGUUCAAGUAGAUGGAAUCUUGAGGGUGGAUAUAUGACAGUAGAAGAUAAAAUGAGAAAGCGGAAGGCAGGCUUAGAUCAUCUGAUGGAGGAUCAGCAAUUUUGUUUGCAGCCAAAGCUUCGGUUUAGUCACUUGACAGGAAGUAUGAGGAAUGCAGGAAUGUAGGCUGACUAAUGUGUUACAAGCAUUGGUAUUUAGUAAGUUGUUUCAACAUCUUGAAAUGGCUAGGCAAGUGUGUUUUUUCUUUUUCUUUGUUUUGGGCAAUUUUGAUAUGCUCUGCAACUACUAUGUGUGGGUAUGGGAAUUUAGUUGCAAGGUUGCGGAUGUGAAAUGUAAAUAUUUAGGUAAGUUAAUGGACAAGCUAACUGAAGAGGCUUUUGAUCAGUGUAAUAAAAGUUAUCAUGCCUAACAUGGUACUUGUUUAAUA